UUGGCUCGCCAUUCAUCCACAAGGGGCCUGAGGAGGCACAGCUCUGGAGAACUUCUGCCCUACAUGCGGAUUAUCUGUGGCAUCUUCCCAGAUGUUGAGACGUCAGGAGGCACUGCUCACUGCUUUUCUUCUGUCUAUUUGAUGUGCGAGGUUACAGUUAGGAAGUUUCUUUUAUGGCUAAAAAACGCAAAAAAGUUUGAAUUUCCGCGAUGACUGGAUAUUUGCUCCGUUUUUUGGCAUCAAAAGAGAAUAAAAUGAAAAAUAAAGGAGUUCGUGUUUGUGUUUCAGACUGAUUGUGCCAUUUCUCUGCGCGUAUGGCACGGAUAAAGUAACGUUCACCGAGAGAAAAGCGCGCGUUAAAUGCCACAUAUACCCGAGAGUGAAAUAAAAUAUGACAAAAAGUGACUAAAAGUGAUGGAGCUCUCCGGUCAAGCCGAGCCAACUCAACCGAUGAACACUUCAAACGCCACUUUUAUGGCCGAUCCAUCAGCUGAGGACGAGAGCGCGGAGAGUCUCGCCUAUCAGAUCAGUCUGACUGUGAUUCUCUCGGCUAUCACGCUCGCCACCACUUUGUCCAACGCCUUCGUCAUCGCAACCAUCUCCCAGUCGAAGAAGCUGCAAACUCCUGCGAACUUUCUCAUCGCCUCUCUGGCCGUCACCGACCUGCUGGUGUCCAUUCUGGUGAUGCCCAUCUGCGUCCUGUACACGGUCAUCCACACCUGGACGCUCGGGCAGAUCGUUUGCGACAUCUGGCUCUCCUCGGACAUAACGUGUUGCACCGCGUCCAUCCUCCACCUGUGCGUAAUCGCCUUGGAUCGGUACUGGGCCAUCACGGACGCAGUGGAGUACUCCAAAAAGCGCACGCCGGGACGCGCGGCGGGAAUGGUGGCCACAGCCUGGGUCAUCGCCAUCUCCAUCUCCCUGCCGCCUCUCUUCUGGAGGCAGGUGAAGGCGGAGGAGCUGACCAGCUGCAGCGUCAACACGGACCACAUUUUCUACACCAUCUACUCCACUUUCGGGGCUUUCUACAUCCCCACUUUGCUGCUCAUUGUCCUCUACGGACGGAUAUACGUCGAGGCGCGCAAACGGAUCCUGAAGCAGUCCCCCAAGAAGGUCGGAAAGAGGCUCACCUCUGCGCACCUGGUCACCAACUCUCCUGGAUCAGUUGCGUCCACGACCUCCAUUCAGUGCGGGAGACACGACACUCCGUCCAGCGACACCGGCUCGUCAACCAGCGAGAACCAGGUGAAAGUGACGGUGUCGGACGCGCUUUUGGAGAAAAAGCGCAUCUCAGCAGCCAGAGAGAGAAAAGCGACGAAGACUUUGGGGAUAAUCCUCGGCGCGUAUAUCGUUUGCUGGCUGCCGUUUUUCAUUUACACAUUGUUGGUGGCCACAUGUGACACAUGUUUCAACCCCGAGUUGUUUGACUUCUUCACCUGGCUGGGAUACCUGAACUCCCUCAUCAACCCCAUCAUAUACACCAUGUCCAACGAGGACUUCAAGAAAGCUUUUCAGAAACUUGUGCGCUUCAGAUGCUGCAGGUCGUGAACUGUUCCUUCAGUCUCCAAUAAGAUUAAUGCGUUUAUUUUUAAUAUGAAGUUCUGAUAAUGUAUGACAAUGUAGAGUAAAAAUAAUACCACCACCAAUGCAUACAUUUCUGAGAGUCAUAGCAAAAAAUGUACACCAGAAAGAAAAAAAAUCUGUUUAAAAUUGAAGUUUUUUUUUUUGAACUAACAAAGGAAAUCUGGAAUGACAUUGAUCCAAAUAACAUCCACUGAUUUGAAGAUAUUUCCAAAAAGUUCAUUUCUAAUUCAGCAAUGACAUUAUGAGAUGAAAAGAGCAACAAUCCUGACAACAUAUUCUAAAAACAGAUUCGAUCUUUGUAUUAAAACUAUAUUGUGUUGAUGGAUGAUUGAGAAAUUCAACUUUACACCUCAAUGAAUCACUCAGACGUGCAUCAUCUCAAUUUAAUUGGCAGAUUUGAGAGUACUGAGUGAUGGGUUGUUCCAGAUGGAGUUUGGGUGGUGUAGAUUGGAUUAUUCCCAUGCCAUGACUGACCCACUAAUGCGAUUAAGCAGCAAAUAUAAAUAUCUGACAUGACUUUAUAAAGCAUAAAUACAUCCAAAUGACCUCGGAUUCUUUUUACAAUAUUUCUGCAAAUAAUGUAGUUUUAUUUUUUGCUCUUGGAUCAAAUAUAUUAGUCUAUGUAUUCUGGGAAACUCACAUAGGAAUAUAUUUUGAUUAUGGACUGCUUGCUGCUACCCUGUACGGUUUAUCUUUGUUUAAAGCAGCUGGGGGGUAAAAAAGAGUCACCAUGCAGGCUCUAGGAAUAGAUUCAUACAAUAUCAGUGCCACACAAAGAACCUGCAGAUGAUAUUUACCCAGCAGAGCCAAACGCUCAUGAUAAGUCCAAUUUUGCUAAACAAACAUCACCUUGUUUUGCUGUGCCUGUGCAGGUCUGUUUGCUGCUACAUUAAAUCUGUAUCUACAGUAUGUCAUGUUCCGGUGUCACACAGUUUACCAUCGUAUGGCUGCAGAGACUGAUUUGAAUCGUGGUCGGCAGAGCAGCAAAGAUAAUGCAGAUGAUUUGUCAGCAUUAAACAGAAGUAUGUUGCAGGAAUUUAUAUGUUUGCAUUCAGAGAUGCUGUGCAAUAAAGGCUUUGAAGUAUUUGUCUGA